CCUUCCUCCGCCGGCCGCCCCCGGGCUGGCGCCCUGUUGGCAUGCUCCAAGAUGGCGGCCCCCACGGUGCGGCUCGCGGCGCUCCUGGCGCGGAGGGCUCCUCUGCGUCCGCUCACCCCGGCAGGUAAAAGAUGUCUGCUUUCUGCAGCAUAUGUGGACAGCCACAAGUGGGAAGCAAGAGAAAAAGAACAUUGUCACCUUGCUGAUCUAGCAUCUUUAAUGGAUAAAACAUAUGAGAGAAAGUUGCCUGUUAGUUCUUUAACAAUAUCACGGUUUGUGGACAACAUUUCAUCUCGAGAAGAGAUAGACCAUGCAGAGUAUUAUCUUUAUAAAUUUCGACACAGCCCCAACUGCUGGUACCUGAGAGACUGGACCAUCCACACUUGGAUUAGGCAGUGUCUGAAAUACGGUGCACAAGACAAAGCCUUAUAUACUCUAAUAAAUAAGGUCCAAUAUGGAAUUUUUCCAGAUAACUUUACAUUUAAUUUACUGAUGGAUUAUUUCAUAAAGAAAGAAAAUUACAAAGAUGCUUUAUCCAUGGUUUUUGAGAUCAUGAUGCAAGAGGCCUUUGAGGUACCUUCCACCCAGCUUCUCUCCCUCUAUGUGUUAUACCAGUGCCUGGCAAAGAAGGCAGACUUCAGUUGGGAAGAGGAGAGGAACUUUGGUGCAUCCCUACUACUCCCAGGCCUAAAGCAAAAGAACUCAGUGGGGUUGAGCUCCCAGUUGUAUGGCUAUGCACUUCUUGGGAAGGUGGAAGUGCAACAAGGGCUGCGGGCUGUGUACCAUAACAUGCCUCUGCUGUGGCAACCAGGAUACCUUAACAGAGCUCUUCAAGUGAUGGAGAAGGUGGCCUCUUCCCCAGAAGAUGGAAAGCUUUGUAGAGAAGCGGUUGAUGUGCUGGACAGGGCACUGAAGGCUCUGACCACUCCUGCCCAUGGGUCUUCAGACGAGCAGCCCCAAAAGGGGGAAGACAGCCAAGGGCCAGAAGAACUGGUGGAACAUUGGAACAUGGAGGAAACUGAACAGUCCAAGCUUCCCCAGUAUGUGGAACGAUUUCAGAAAGGAACAAUGCAGACUAAAUCGGUUUUGGCCCACAACCCACACCCAGCGUGGCCAAAAGGAGGAGGAGGAGGAGGAAGGCAGAGUGCUGAAAAAGCAAUGGUGAGUACAAACACUUUGCCUCCUCCUCUUGGGGCUGUGUUGCCUUAGCACCAAACUUUUCAUUUUGUUUUCAUACUUUCUAGCCAGCCGUGGAGGUCAGAUACAUGUGUGGGGAAGUCAUAGACUUUACUUGUAGUUAAAGGCCUUGAAAAUUAGUUUAUUCGAGUCAUUUUUUCACUCUGACUAAAAUAGCAUCGACUAACAUAGCAUCCAGUGAGUAGAGCUAAGGAUGUUGCUAAACACCUUAGAGUGCACAGGGCAGCCUCUGUAACAAAGAACUAUCCAAUCUACAGUGUCAGUAGUGCCAAGGUUAGAAACCCUGGCCUAGAGUGUAUGAGCAGGGCACCCACAGGAAUUUUUUUCAGUUGUAGAUGAGCCCCAAGGGUAAUGUUGGUGCAGAUGGCUGAUUUACAGUUAUUUCUCAGCUAGAAAAAUAAUUAGCAUUAGUUGUUUCUUGCCUGAUUGAAUAUAAAAUAUGUAGUGUUGUAGGGUGGGCCAUUAUGCUGCCUAAACAGUCCAUUGUGGAAAAGGGUGAAUGAUAAUUUGUGUGCUUUCAUUUAUAUAUAACCUUACUACACUCCAUAACCUUGCUGGUGUGCAUGGGUGAGGCGGCGAUGGAACUGGAAGUGGGCUCAAGGGACUUGAGCUUUAGUGAAUCAUAAAAGCAGAAAAUGUUGUAUGAUUGUAUUUUCAUUAAAUGAUUACUAACCUUCAGAGCUGAACCUCUCAACUGUGAAAAUGGUACAUUUAAAAAAAUCUUACUUUAGAAAAUGAGGAAAAAGGAGUGCUUCUCAACAUAGUUAUGUCAGGAAAAUUGCCUUUUAUUCUAAAAACUUCUUAGCUUUUCCUGUUGAUUUGGCCUUUUUGCGGACAGUACAUGCUGCCACGAUGAUGUUACUGUAUGUUAACAGUCUAAACAGGAUGGCGGCAGUGCCCCUGAAGUUGUGGCAGUUAUUUCUAGGAUCUCUGUUUAAAACUAACCAGUUCUACUUAGGCUGUGUGUCUAUUAUGUAUGGAUGUUUAGUGAUUCCAGAUCUGAGCUGGACAUGUUCAGAAAAUUAAGUAUAUUCUUACAAAAGCCAUCUGAAAAUAAAUUCCAUUAUGGGCUUCAAAUGCUAGAUCAAGGACUACUGGAAAGAUUUUUAAAGAAUUUAUGAAAGGGAUGGUAUAUCCUCUGAUGUACCCAAUGGUAGGAGAAUUACACUGGCUUUUUUGGUUUCUGUGAUGCUACAUCUCUGCAGAAUUCAAAAUUUUAAUCCCUAAAACACCCUCUGAGGUUACUGUGCCUGUGGAAUAGAACAAGAAUGCCCAUUAAGUUUCCCACCAGUGACAGUAUUCUGGGCCACAGUUGGGUGUUAGUGUUUUCCAGGCCCUGGCUCAUGAGCAUGGACAUCUUGAUUACAAAAAUUAAAGUUAAUGACUCCUCUUUGUGAAUGCCCAUUUCCACCUAAUUUAGUACUACGUAAUUAAAUACAUCCUGACCCUUACAACAGCCCUGCAGGUCAGGGGUUAUUACCCUCGUUUUGCAGAGGAGAAAACUAAGACUUUUGCAGCUUGCACACAAUUAUUAAAUGGCAAGGACAGUGUUUGAAUUGAAGUCUGUCAGAAUCCAAACCUACUUUCGAAUAGCUAUACUAUAUAACCACUGUGCCAAACUACACGGUGUGUACGUUCACUGGUUCACUCAUUCACUCAUUGAUUCAUUCAUUCAACUGAUAUUUCUUGAACAUCUUCUAUAUGUCAGGCACUCUUACAAUAAUCACUGAGAAUACAGCAAGGAACAAAACAGACUAAGAUCCCAUUCCUUGUGGCGUUUAAUUCUAUGGAAGGAGACAGUGCAUAUAAUAUGUCAUUUGGUGAUACAUGAUACAGAGACAAAGCAAAGAAGAGAGUGAGUACUGUUAAAGUGGUGGAGGAAGCAACUUGCAAAAGGACGGUUAGGGAAGGCCUUCUGGAGAAGACAGCGUAUAUAAGAAGACCCAUGGAAGUGGGGUUGAGAAUCAUGGAGUCACCACGGAAAGAGCACGGCAGACCGGAAGCAGAAUCAAGGAGGCCAGUGUGGCUGGAGUAGAACAUGUAAGGUGGAGAACAGUGGGAGAUGAGGCCAGACAGGUAAGGGGGAGGGGAGGGGACAGAUGAUGUAAGAUGCCCUCACCCAUUAGUAAGGCUGUUGGCUUUUAUUUGAAAAGAGAACCCAUCUGAAGGUUUUGAGCUGGAUGGCGUGAUCUGACCUCACAUUUUUAGAUGAUUAGUCCGGCUGCUAUGUAGAAAAUAAAGUAGGAAGGCAAAGACAGGAAACAGGAAGAUCUGUUCGGAGGCUACUGCAGUGAUCCAGCAGAGAAAAGACUGGCUUGAACAAA